GCAAUUCGAAGCGCAAUGGCGUUCCGCGCGCCAUCUAGCGAGGCUAGUUGUAACUACGAAGUAUCGAGCGACAUCAUUGGUCGUGAUUCAGUAUUGGCUAAUAUAGCAGUGAGUGCUGCCUCUCGCGGCGAGAGUUGAAGUUUGGAGUUGACCUGUGAGCUUGUAAGAACAAGCAUGGUAAAAAUGCGUUGAGAACGAUUUGUAUAAGUUUGCUGUUUUUGUAUCGCGACGCGCGUUAAAAUAGUGUCUAAGGUGUAACUCGUUGCAUUAAAAUAAGUGUUAGUUGAGCCCAGUGGUUUGAUUCAACGCCCAGAUACCAUCCCCUGGCCGAGGUAGCUUCGGGGACGGCGCCGGUCCUCGCUCUGGACCUUAAAAGAGCGUGGUGGUCCAGCCUAGGUGUGAGGGGCCGGAGACGACGCGUCGACGGCUACGAGCACCAUUUCUUCGGUGUACCAGACCGGCGGGUCCAGGACCUGGCCGUGUAGCGUACAUUUUGGUGUUACCCAUAAGGGGAACGAUCGUUAUCAGCACGAUAUUGGAAGAUAACCCUCGAAUUGGGACAAGAUUCAGGACCGAAGCGGUCUACAAUCAGCAGAAUCGAGGAUUCGCGUCAUUCCAGCAUUUAGUGUUAAAUUCCGUGCGUUGGACGCUAAAUAACGAAGUGAAAAUCAAAACCGCAUGGGUUUUUAGGUUAUUAGUGUUGUGCCAAUUUCAUUGAACAGAUUACCGGUUAAGUUGCCAAGUUGGUAACAUUGAGUGACUAACUUCACAUCGAACAACUGUCAGCUGUCAGAAUCGGCCAUAGUGUAUAGACUCUAAGUUACGUCAAACUUCAAGUUGUUGACAUAUUAAACGUCAAAUUCAUUUACUUGCCGGAUCGAUAUUGUUAAUCGCUAUUAUAAUAUAGAAAACAAGUGUUACAAUUUAGAGUUAACUUUACUGUGAGAUAUUUGUGUUCAUAGCAAACAUGUCGCUAAAAGCCGCAAAGGUUCAAUUAAAGACCCGUUAUUUAAUGUUAACGGAUUAUGCUGGCACAAUUGUGGUACGACCAGGCACGAUCGCCGCGACCGUAGCAAGGAGGCAUUUCCGAGAAGCCUACAAAACGUAUGUUUCGGCAUACGAGUCAUUGGUGGCGAGUGAUUCGGAACUUGCAGAGGAGGAAAGACUACUGUACCAGCAGCAAUUUAGCGAGGUAAAUCGACUCCUCAUUCAAUUGGAUGAGGCAUCAGAGGAAGAGGAGUCCGGGAGGCCCUCAACCUCAAAACAUCAAGAAGUUGCCCCUGCGCGUAAAGACGCUCUUUGAGGAGCGGCACGGGACAGAUCCGCAAGUGCUACCGACCCUUACCCAGCUAGUGUCGCUACUAGAUGAACAAUGCCGGGUGCAGCAGGCGAUCUCCCCUGCAGCAGUGGAACGAACUCCUGCGGCACGCCGGUCACCCACUGCUAGAGGUCGAGGCGGCGCAGCGCCGGCUCACCACCUGGCAGCCCCCCGGGUCCUGGCAGCACAACCGGAACCCAAUGAUCAGGCAUGUCGGUUGAGGAACCAGCAGCUGCAAAGGCUGUGCAUCGAGUGCAAGAUCAGCCACCGGCUCAGUCAGCCUCGUGGAGGCGAUCACCACCGCAGCGGCGGUCACCACCUCGACCGGCCCCGCCACAGGAGAGAGGGCCGCAGCAGGCCCACUCAUCACAAUCAUGCUCACCACUACCGUGGGGUGUGGAGGAAGCUAGGACUCCUCCCUAUCAAACCAGACACCUCUUUUGGUGGCUGCUGGUCACGUUCCACGCCUGCCGGUUGGAGCGAGGGCCCGCCAGGCGCAGGAGACCUUCCACUCCUUGCGCUUUGGCACUCGACGCAGCCCUGA